GGCAAUGGACGUCCCGUUCUUCGUGGCCUUCACGCUCAUAGCGCUCCUCUCCAGGUACGUCCCCUUCGCGCUCCCUCCCAUGGCGCGGGACCUCCUCGCCGACAACUCCGCGGAGCCGGCGCGCGCCGCCAGGUGCGCCAUGUCCGUGGCCGUCGCGGGGAUGACGCUGCUGGUGUCCCUGCAGUGCGGCGCCGGCGGCGAGCACUACUGCCCGGACAUCAGGAUGGAGGGGAGGGCGCUGUGGCUCAACUGCGCGGCGCUGUUCCUCGGCGUGGUCGUCGGCGGCGUCGCCGUGGUGCUGCCGCCGUUCGCCGCCGUGUCGCCGCUCGUGCAGGUGAUGGUCGAACACCUGACGGGGUUCACGGAGACCAUCGCGAUCAACGCGUUCGCACAUGACUUCUGCAUCUUCGUCAAGCUCGUGAGGUCGAAGCAUUGAGGCAGUAAAGAAACGGAGGCCAUUGCUCGUUCGUUCGUUUGUUUGUUUAAUUUUUAGAUAUUGUACAAGAAUGCAGCAUUUACGCUGUAAAGAUUCAUGAGCUUCAAUGAGGAAAUGACAUUCUUUUGUUCAACGCGAAGUUUACUUCGGCAUAGGCAAAGA